CGAGUCCCGUAGUUCUCGUAGGGACACGUUUCCAGUACAAGCCUGUCAUUCUGUGAUAGUAGGGCUCGACCACACUCUACCGGUCUUUACGCUCCUCAUCAGUCUAUCCAUCCCUCCUUCCACGCGACUAGCUACCACACAAGUACACCGCGCCCAUGGCAGGCUCUGAGCAGGGCAGAAAGCGUGCGCGCUCAGCAUCAAGGUCACCGUCGCGAUCAAGAUCCCCACCUCGUCAACGAAAGCGCCCCGGCGCCGGAGCUCGACUGUCAGCCGCCGAUCGAGAAGCCGCCCGCAAGCGUCAACUGGAAAGAGAGCAGGAAGCGGAGAGGAAAGCACAGCACGAGGCUGCCCAACGAGGUGUACACGAUGUCGUCAAGCAGCAUUACAACAUGGUCCCCGAGCGAGGUCGUGAAUGGCGCCAAACAGACAGCAAAAUCAAGGGACUGCGCAGCUUCAACAACUGGGUCAAGUCCUCCAUUAUUCAGAAAUUUAUCGGCGACGAGCGCAACUUGAGGAUAUUGGACAUAGGCUGCGGCAAGGGAGGAGACCUGCAAAAGUGGCAGGCUUCGAGGAAAGUCGAGCUGUACGUCGGUUGUGAUCCAGCCGACGUGUCGAUCAAGCAGGCCAAGGACCGUUAUGCGCAGAUGCAAAAGAAGUCACGGCGAAUAUUCCAUGCCGAGUUCUACGCCAAAGACUGCUUCGGAGAGUGGCUAGGUGACAUACCCAUCAUAAAGGAUGUUGGCAUCGACCCUGGCGCUGGGCCUGGGAAUGCCAUGAACCAGCGAUGGGGCGGCGGAGGCUGGGACAUGGUCACGAUGAUGUUCUGCAUGCACUACGCUUUUGAGAGCGAGGCCAAGGCAAAAGGCAUGCUAAGAAACGUCGCGGGAGCGUUGAAAAAGGGUGGACGCUUCAUAGGAUGUAUUCCCAACUCAGACGUCCUCACAGGAAAAGUCCUCGAGUAUCACAAAGCUAAAGGCACAGCCCCCGCGGCAUCGAACGGUGCUGCAGAUGAGGAAGACGAUCGACCAGCUUUCGCGAGCGACGACGAGGACGACUGGGACCCUGAGAAGAGCCUCGACAGCCCAAAGCCCAAUGAGUCCGAGCACGCAAAUGGCGAGAAGCUAGACGAGGGGAAAGAGAAGGAGAAAGAAGCAGAGAAAGACGAACAAGAAGACGGCGAGGUCGAAGACGAGGGAUUUGGUUGGGGCAACAGCAUCUACCGCGUCAAGUUCCCUGGCAAGACACCCACUGAUGGCGUUUUCAGGCCUCCUUACGGAUGGAAAUACUCCUACUUUCUCGAGGAAGCUGUCGAGGCUCCAGAGUACGUUGUACCUUGGGAGGCUUUCCGUGCCUUGGCCGAAGACUACAACCUGGAGCUGCAGUACCGCAAGCCGUUUAGGGAGGUGUGGGAUGAGCAAAAGGACGACCCUGAGCUGGGGCCUUUGAGCGAGCGCAUGGGCGUCAGAGACCGAGCGACAGGACGUCUGCUCACCACAGAGGAGGAACUGAGUGCAGCUGAUUUCUAUCAUACUUUCUGCUUCUACAAGGUCUAGAGUAAAGGCCACUGGCGUUUUGAGGGCAUGGAAUCGGGGCUCCAAGGUUUAUGCCAGGAACUGGACAGCGCAUCUGGUCGAGGGUAUCGGGGAUAUCUGUGUAUAUUACCUAUUUACUUUCCGGCAGUAGACCCGAGCAUAAAGGAUUCAUAAUUAAGCAUUCGAUCUUCCAAACGUCAUUGAUAAACUGAUAACGGUCGGAUAUCCUUCCGUAGCGCUCUGAGCCGGAUUAUCGUUACAGAUACAGGCAUUUCUAAGGGAGCCGUUGACGAACGUGUGUUAUCUUUUAACAUUUAGUAUCCAAAAAGUACGGCGAGUCCAC